ACAACCAAGGUGCCGGAAGUAAGAGAUGUCACGAGAAUUGAGAGAAUUGGAGCUCAUUCUCAUAUCAGAGGUCUUGGACUGGAUGAUGCACUGGAACCCCGACCGGUAUCACAAGGCAUGGUGGGACAGCUGGCAGCUCGGAGAGCCGCUGGUGUUAUUCUGGAGAUGAUCAAAGAAGGGAAAAUAGCAGGAAGAGCAGUGUUAAUAGCUGGACAACCUGGCACAGGAAAAACUGCCAUUGCUAUGGGUAUGGCACAGGCCUUAGGUUCAGAUACACCUUUUACAGCCAUUGCUGGCAGUGAAAUCUUUUCUUUGGAAAUGAGCAAGACAGAGGCUUUGACACAGGCUUUCCGGAGGUCUAUUGGUGUCAGAAUAAAAGAGGAAACAGAAAUAAUUGAAGGGGAGGUGGUGGAAGUUCAGAUCGACAGACCUGCAACAGGAACAGGAGCCAAAGUAGGUAAACUGACUUUGAAAACAACAGAGAUGGAGACUAUUUAUGACCUGGGAACGAAGAUGAUAGAAUCAUUGACAAAAGAAAAGGUGCAGGCAGGGGAUGUGAUAACCAUCGAUAAGGCUACUGGGAAGAUCACAAAACUGGGCCGUGCAUUCACCAGGGCUCGGGAUUAUGAUGCCAUGGGAUCACAGACGAAGUUUGUACAGUGUCCUGAUGGGGAACUUCAGAAACGUAAAGAAGUGGUUCACACUGUGUCAUUACAUGAAAUUGAUGUCAUUAACAGCCGGACACAGGGAUUCCUUGCUCUGUUUUCUGGUGAUACUGGUGAGAUUAAAUCAGAAAUCCGGGAGCAAAUCAAUGCAAAGGUUGCAGAAUGGCGAGAAGAAGGGAAAGCAGAGAUCAUCCCAGGGGUACUGUUCAUUGACGAGGUUCACAUGUUGGAUAUCGAAUGCUUUUCCUUCCUAAAUCGAGCACUAGAAAGUGAUAUGGCUCCAGUUCUCAUCAUGGCUACAAACAGAGGUAUUACUAGAAUUCGUGGCACAAACUACCAAAGUCCUCAUGGUAUUCCCAUUGAUUUACUGGAUCGAUUACUCAUUAUCUCGACUUCGCCAUACAAUGAGAAAGAAACCAAACAGAUCCUGAAGAUCAGAUGUGAAGAAGAAGAUGUGGACAUGAGUGAAGAUGCUUACACUGUAUUGACACGGAUUGGUCUAGAAACCUCUCUGAGAUACUCCAUACAGCUCAUCACUGCUGCAAGCCUUGUCUGUAGGAAAAGGAAGGGCAAUGAGGUCCAAGUAGAUGACAUUAAGCGAGUCUAUUCGCUAUUCCUUGAUGAAUCCAGAUCAACACAGUACAUGAAAGAGUACCAGGAUGCCUUUAUGUUCAAUGAAAUGAAAGGAGAAACCAUGGACACUUCUUGA